UAUUCACCCGUUUGAGCAAUAUGAUUUCGGUCUCCAAUAUUUCCAUCUUUCUAAUUGGUUCAGUAACAUGGAAUAUUUUUAUAUUUUCAUGUAUUGUAGCUAACGUGGAAAAAGCCGUUUUCCAAGUGAAAGCUUCUGAAUCAAUAUCACCGGCACCAACACCAAGCGUUGAUCAUCUCAAAGAUCCAGAAGCGCAGUGCCUGAGCCAAUUUCUAACUUGGUGGUGGAGCGAUGAGUACAUCAAUACCAGCACUAGUCAUUGCAACUGGCCUGGUGUAACUUGUAACCAAGCUGGGAAAGUUACUGAACUUUCUUCAUACCACGAGGGAAGAAUUGUGUUUCAGAGGAUGAACUUAGCAUGCCUUCCAAAUCUAGUCUAUCUGAGUUUUUACAGAGCCGGACUCACAGGUAGCAUCCCGCGAGAGAUAGGCAGUCUUUCAAAGCUCACCCACCUUGACCUAUCCCGGAAUCGUCUGAUAGGUGAGUGGCCUCUCUCAACACUAGCCAAUCUCAGCCACUUGUUUAAGCUUGAUCUUUCUUUUAAUCAAUUAAGUGGUCCUAUUCCAUCAACCAUUGGUCUUUUGAAAAAUCUGGUUGUUUUGGAUCUACGCGAAAACCACUUUAGUGGACCACUACCAUCUUCUUUGGGUAAUUUAACCAACUUGUCGGAACUGUAUCUUGAUUCAAACCAAAUUAACGGUUCCAUCCCUCCAACUCUAGGCCGUUUAAUCAAUUUAUCUGUGCUAGACAUCUCUUCAAACGACAUUAGUGGUUCUAUCCCCUUGGAACUUGGGAAUUUGGAACAUCUAAGCCAUCUACUUAUUAGCAAAAACAAGCUCGAGGGGGCGCUCCCUCCAACCCUGGGCCAUUUGAUUUAUUUAAAGGAGCUAGAUAUUAGCUCUAAUAAAGUUAAUGGUUCUGUCCCCUUAGAAUUACAAAACCUAAAGAAUUUGGAUACUCUCAAUCUUGGUUAUAACAAGCUCCAAGGUCCAAUUUUUCCAUCGCUGAGUGGUUUAGCCAGUUUGACUUAUCUUGACCUGAGCUCAAACCAUUUUGAUGGUCCCAUAGGUCAUGAUAUUGGAAAUCUAAAGCAAAUGAUUAAGUUGGACCUAUCAAAUAAUGAAUUUUCUGGGACAAUGCCUCAACAGAUUGCCCAAUUAGCAGGAUUGGAGCAUUUAGAUCUUUCCCAAAACAACUUAAGUGGAAGCAUUCCCACAGAAAUGUGUGCUUCUCUAUAUUUGCUAAAGACCUUAGACCUCAGUCACAACUUCCUUGGUGGGAAAAUACCCUCUCAAUUGUGCAGCAUGAUACCUUUAGAGACGAUCAACCUUGCCUUCAACAAUUUCUCAGGCGAGAAUAACUGUUCAUCUCAAUACUGCACGGAUGGUAAUCUAAUAUGUGUGCCCCCUUAUUCUCAGACAAAGGGAAAUGGAGUCAUCUCUCAUUCUGAGGCAUUCAUCUUUCUCCAUAUAAUUCUCCCUACCGUCUCUCUCUUUUGCUUUCUCUUCAUUGCGUUUUUGCUGAUCAAGAAACGUACAUUUCAAUUGUUCACCAUCAAGCGUAAGCAAAAUGCCCAGCCUGUUUGUCAAGAAACAAAAUGCGCAUGAUGUUGUUCUUGUGGCUAUGCUAGCAUUGGCAUGCUUGAAUUGUAAAUAAAUGAUAAUGGCAGAGACAAGCAAUGGUGGAAAACU